AUGCGCGCAACAAGUCGUCUCUGGCAGGCCUGCCGCAUCACGCUCUUUACGCGCGAGAACUGCGGCCUCUGCACAAAAGCCAAGGCCACCCUGUCCACCGUCUGGGACGCUCGGCCUUUCGUAUAUCGCGAGGUCGACAUUGUUAAGCCCGAAGCCAAGUCAUGGAGAGACCUCUAUGACUUUGACGUUCCCGUUAUUCACGUCAGCAAGGCUGAUGCGCCAGAGGAGAAUCCCCAGCUUUCAUCCCGUGCCUUGAAGCUGAUGCAUCGCUUCACCCCGGACGAGGUCCAGGCCAAGAUGGAUGCCGCCGAGGAGGCCUAG